CAUGCCGAGAUAAAACGAUACUUUCCGCAACUGCGUUAAGUUCCUUUUUUGCUUCCCUGCUUUUUUAGUUUGUUUACCAUGCAGGUUCGCUGUUCAGCUUAAUGCAAGCGAAACUUGGCUUAUAUGUUCUUUUUGUAACUUGCUUAUUACGAAUCACUAACGCGCAAUGAAAGAAGGACGCUUCUCGGAUCAGCAGUUAAAUUGCCGCUGAGUUGCCAGCGGAACAGCCAGUCGCCGUAAUGGCUGACACUGGCUGGCUGUCGGCUUUUGACGACGACCUAAUCACAUACCGUGGUGUGUUCAGCACCAGCCUGGCCGACCUCUCCGCUGUACAGCUGACGGCCCGGCGGCGACGCCAGGUGCGCGCGCGCGUCUUCUUCUUCUGCGCCGUGACGUCACUGGUGCUGCUGCUGCCGGCCGCCAUCCUGGUGUCGGUGGCUGUUCAGCUGCACGUGCGCGCCAACUCGCCGCUAGCCGUCUUCACCUACCUGCUGUUCGUGCUGGCAGUGUUCGGUGUCUGCUACGUGGUGGGGCGCUCCCUGGCCGUGUGCCGGGCGGCGGGGCGGGGCUGCCGGCCGACCGAGGCCUCUCCUGAGGCUCGCGUCGCCUCCCCGGACGAGCUGGACGUGGCGCGAGCGACCAAGGCCUCGCGGCAGCCGCAGCGGGGCAGCAACUGCUGCAGUGAGGCGUCCCCGGGGAACUGCGACAAUGCAGGAAGCGCGCGAAAGUGA